UGGGGGGGCGGGGCCGGCUGGUUAUGGUUUUUCAGCACCGCGGACAGCUCCCGUCUCCUGUCUCUGGACUGCAGGGAAGCGACGCUGAAACGCAGCUGGAUGAAAUUCAAAAAAACAAAAACCCGACUCACAUCCAUCCAUAGUUGAACCUCCAGCUCACACCGCCGACGCGCAGAGCAUCUUCUGUUUUCCACAUUUCUUCUCCUCGAUGGUUGAGUUGUCUCGUUUUCCGGCCUGACUGUGGAGUCAAACCGCGUUUAACUGCAUUGCCUCUGCGUCUUCGGUCCCGUUUCACCCUCCUUCUCCUUCCUGUUACUGGCAACCACAGUGUUGUGAAAGUGUUUUUUUUGGGGGGGGGCGGGUGGGGGGGUGGGGAGAGAAAGUGGAUUGACCUGCUCGAAGUUCCUUUUUGAUCUGUCCACUUCUGUCUGAUACGUCUAAAACCUCGCUGCUCGGUUCCCCUGAUUAUGUUGAGGUGUGGGGUUUUGCUCCAAGCCCGGGAGUGGAUGUUACUUUAGGAUGCAGGAGGAAGAUGAAGUUGAGUAGUUUCAGUGGCCGUCGGUGCAUGCUCUGAUAGGAGAUCUAGGCGACCUGCAUCUGCAACAUUGGCUGUAAUCAUCAGAUCAGAGUGGCUCAGACGCAUUCAGUUUUUUUGUGUGUGUGUGUGUGUGUGAACAACAGCCAGACAGCAAGAUGAGGUGCCUCUAUGACUUUUUAAAUUGCACCUAAGAGAGAGAAAGAGAGAGUUGGCCUCUUACCCUGUUACUGCUGCAGGAAGCUACGUUUUUCUUUCUUCAGCUGCCUAAACGAGUUGGGAUCUUGCAUCUGACAGGAGACCGGGAACUCUGGGAAAACAAAGAAAGCAGAGUGGUCUUCUCCCUCUCUACACCUCACCUGAACAUAUACAAAAGCACGAUAGAAGAUGAAGAAGAUUCGGAAGGUGUUAGACGGCUUGACCACCUCCUCUCCAGGAGGGACUAUCGGAUCCCCAUCGUGCGGCAGCGCGGCCGGGACUCCCACCGCGGCGGCAACUCCCAAGGAAAUCGACAUCCAAGAGACGCUAGUGUCGGAAAACUUUCAGCUGUGUAAGACGGUGCGUCAUGGUUUUCCUUACCAGCCUACUGCUUUGGCUUUUGACCCGGUGCAGAAGAUCCUGGCCAUUGGCUCCAGAUCAGGCGGCGUACGAAUACUGGGACGACCCGGGGUGGAUUGCUACUGUCAGCAUGAGAGUGGAGCAGCUGUUCUUCAACUGCAGUUCCUCAUCAAUGAGGGGGCGCUGGUCACCGCCUGUGCAGAUGACACGCUACAUUUGUGGAAUCUCCGUCAGAGGCGGCCGGCUGUCCUGCAUUCGCUCAAAUUCAACAGAGAGAGGAUCACGUUUUGCCACCUUCCCUUUCAGAGUAAAUGGCUAUACGUGGGGACGGAGCGCGGAAACACACACAUCGUCAACAUCGAGUCCUUCAUUUUGUCUGGAUACGUCAUCAUGUGGAACAAGGCCAUAGAACUAUCAACUAAAACUCAUCCAGGACCUGUGGUUCACUUGAGCGACAGCCCAAAGGAUGAAGGGAAGCUGCUUAUAGGGUUUGAGAGUGGGACAAUCGUACAAUGGGACCUACGGGGCAAGAAGGCUGAUUUCAGAAUGCACUACGAUGAGGCCAUACAUUCAGUCGGCUGGCAUCAUGAAGGGAAGCAGUUCAUGUGCAGUCACUCAGACGGCAGCCUGACGAUGUGGAACCUCAGAAACACCACCAGGCCAUUCCAGGUCACCUUUCCUCAUGGAAAGGUACAGAAGGAUGGGAGAAAGGAGUCUUGUAAACCAAUACUCAAAGUGGAGUACAAGACCUCGAGGAACAGCGAGCCUUUUAUCAUCUUCUCUGGCGGUCUUUCAUAUGACAAGGCGGGAAGGCGGCCCACGUUAACCAUCAUGCAUGGCAAGGCUAUCACUGUGCUGGAGAUGGACUACCCUAUUGUAGAGUUUAUGGCACUCUGUGAGACUCCUUACAACAACGAGGUCCAAGAGCCUUACGCGGUGGUGGUGCUUUUGGAGAAGGACUUGAUCGUGGUGGAUCUAACACAGAGCAACUUCCCUGUCUUUGAGAACCCUUACCCCAUGGACAUCCAUGAGUCUCCGGUUACCUGCACAGCCUAUUUUGCAGAGUGUCCGCCCGACAUUAUCCCCAUCCUCUACUCUAUAGGAGCUAAACACAAGAAGACUGGCUACAGCCAAAAGGAGUGGCCAAUCAGUGGAGGAACAUGGACGUUAGGCUCCCACACCUACCCAGAGAUUAUCAUCACCGGACAUGCUGACGGAUCAAUUAAGUUUUGGGACGCGUCUGCAAUCACACUGCAGAUGUUGUACAAGCUGAAGACCUCCAAAGUCUUUGAGAAGCUGAAACCAGGUGAAGGCCGGGCAGCCGAGUUGGUGGAGGAAGACCCCUUUGCAAUUCAAAUGGUCAGCUGGUGCCCUCAGAGUCGCAUCUUCUGUGUAGUUGGCAUCUCAGCCCACAUCAUCCUGUAUCGCUUCAGCAAAUAUGACGCCAACACUCAAAUUGUGUCACUGGAGGUGCGUCUACAGUGUGAGUCAGAAGAUGUCAUCUCUCCAUCAGAGAAUGAAAACAAUCCCUGCUUCUCAGAGCCUGGCUCCCACUCACCCCAGCCCCAUCACCAACACCCAGCGAGCCCCGGCGCUGGGACACCUGAGGGUGUCAAAGACAGCAUCCCCUGCAUUAAAGUGAAGGACCGGAUGGUUCGGGUCCCUCCUGGCUACCAGGCAGAACUGGUCAUCCAGCUGCUGUGGGUAGAUGGAGAACCUCCACAACAGAUCACCAGCCUCGACAUCAACUCUGCCUAUGGCCUUUUGGCAUUUGGGAACUGCAAUGGCCUAGCUGUGGUGGACUACUUGCAGAAAACCAUCCUGUUGUGUAUGUCGACACUGGAUCUGUAUGGAGCCGCCGACCCCUACCAGCGCCUUACCCGCUCCCCCCGCAGGAACAGACAGUCCACCUCAGAGUUUUGCAUGCGUGGCCUGUCUAACUUUUAUUCAGAUUCAAAGAAAAGGAUCCGUACAUCCUAUCAGAGCCUUACUGAACUCUCUGACAACCAGCAGUCCAUUGAUAUGGAGAGAAGCAAGUCGCCCACCUCAGUUCAUUACCCAACCUCCCUUCACAAUGACCCGCGCAUCCUGCCAGAGCCUGUGGCCAGUCUGAGAGCCAGCCACUGCAGUCCAGUGUUUUACUUACUGGACAAUGUAAAGGGACCCGGCAGAAAGUUAAGUCUGCCAACAGAUCUUAAGACUGAUCUUGAUCAUGUCAAUGGACAUUGCACUAGCCCCACCUCCCAGCUGUGCUCGGCGGGGAAGCCUCGUGUCCCGAUGGUUCCCGAGGGGCCACGGCUUACCCGCAGAGGGCCUGGCCGACCGCCCUUCCGCAAGGCCCAGUCCGCUGCUUGCAUGGAGAUCUCUUUGCCUGUGUCCCACACUGAAGUAGGUUAUGCAUCCAGGAGGGCAAUGCUUCAGCAGUUUCAUGGAGUCACUAUGUACUCCCACGACGAGCACCACACCAGCGCCCCCUACUGCUGGAGCGAGAGAGAGAGUCGUGAAAACUCCUUCAGCCGCUCACGCAGCUCCAGUGUGUCCAGCAUCGACCGGGACACUAAAGAGGCUAUCACCACACUGCAGUUCGCAGAAUCCUACGGCCGCAAGAAUGACCCCGUGCCCACCCCAUGUCUGUGGGUGGGCACCAGCUUAGGCGUGGUCCUGGUCAUCCCAAUGUCCAUUCCCACCGACCAGGAGGAGAGGAUGGAGGAACCUGUGACCAUUGGCCCCAGCGGAGCGGUCCUGAUGCUGAAGGGCUCAGUGUUGCGUUUUGGCUUCUUGGACCUCAUGGGAGCGCUCAUUCAGAGCCCCUACGAGGUUUGGCGGGACCUCAACGCCCCGGAGAACCCUGACCGACCACGGAAGCGCAAGCUGGUCAACUUUUCACCCUCAUCCUCUCAGGACACCUGCGGAGAGGGACAUCUGGCCGUGGUGUGCUCCGAGAGGCAGGCCAAAGUAUUCUUGAUGCCCUCGCAGUCUUGCCUCUUUGUCCACAACAUCACCGAGUCAUCCUUUGUACUGCGAGCCGACGUGGUAUCUGUGUGCAACAGUGUGUGCCUGGCCUGCUUCUGUGCUAAUGGACACAUCAUGACGAUUAGUCUGCCCAGUCUAAGACCGAUGAUGGACAUCAAUUACCUGCCUCUGACAGACAUGCGCAUUGCCAGAACCUUUUGCUUCACCAACGGGGGGCAGGCACUAUAUCUCAGCUCCCCGACAGAGAUCCAGAGAAUUACUUACAGCCAGGAGAUGUGUGAUAACCUGCAGGAGAUGCUGGGGGAGCUUUUUACACCAAUAGAAACACCAGAAGCCCAGAACAGAGGCUUUCUAAAGGGCUUCUUUGGAGGAAACGCCAAUACUUUCGACAGAGAGGAGCUCUUUGGUGAGGCAUCAGCUGGGAAGGCUUCUCGGAGUCUGGCCCAGCACAUCCCCGGGCAGGCGGGGAUGGAGGGCAUGAAAGUGGCUGCGAGCGGGGUAGUGGGUGAUCUGGCGAGGGCCCGCAUUGCUCUGGAUGAGAGAGGCCAAAGGCUGGGGGAGCUGGAGGAUCGAACUGCCCUGAUGAUGACCAGUGCAGAAACCUUCUCCAAGCACGCUCAUGAGCUGAUGCUGAAGUGCAAGGACAAGAAGUGGUACCAGUUCUAAUAGCAGGACAGAGGGAUGAGGCUGCCCUUGGACUGCUGGGAACUUUAUGCCGGGACGGGGACUUUCACUCUACAAAUGAGAGCAAUUAAAAGAGAGACUCAAGAGUGACUUUGUCUUUACGGCUUCUGGACUGGCUAUUGUACGGCACUGUCACAUUGUUGAAGGACGAGGACAGGCUAGUCCCUUGUCUAGACAUGUAGUGAUGAGGAGAGAAAGAGAAUGGUGGCAUUUGAAGGACUGAAGAUGGAACUGGAAAUAUCCGACAAGUCUGUGUGUGUGUGUGUGUGUGUGUGUGUGUGUGUGUGUGUGUGUGUGUGUGUGUGUGUGUGUGUGUGUGUGUGUGUGUGCAUGUGUGUGUGCGUGCGUGUGCACACGUGCUUUCUGUGUUUGUGUGUGUGUGUGUGUGUGUGUGUGUGUGUGUGUGUGUGUGUGUGUGUGCGUGUGUGUGUGUGGUUGGGUUUUCUGGACCUCACUGUGUAGAUACUCAAACGUUAAGAAACCAACAAGAAAUGCAUGAAACAAAAAUGGAUGACUAAUAAAAAUAUCCAACUGCCAUAUUAAAAAGCAGCAUGCUACUUUAACAGGAGAUACAAAAAUAAAAAGUUUUAUUUAACGAUGUAAGCCAACAACAGAGACUAUGAAAUACUUUAUAUUUUUUGAAAUAUUGACAAAAACUAUAUAUAAAAAGGGAAAUGUAUACCUGCAUUGCUAUUAAGCCAAAACUUGUGUUCCUUUCCCUUUUUUUUUUUUUUUUGGUUAAUUUAAAUUUUUUCUUAGUCUCAGCUAAUAUUACUUGCCACAAUAUAAGUACACAUAGUUAGCUUUCUCUACAAACACUUAGUAUAAUGCUAAAACUAUAUUCUAUAUUCUUACCAAUUACUCUGGGCUGCACAGUGAAAACACAAAUCAGCAGUAUUUACACUUACCUCUGCACAGUCUAAUCACACUGAUUUAAUUUCACUUUUUGGCUGCUGCUACUUACAAAAGCAUUAAAUGAUGAUGAGGAAUAUCUCACUCCCCAACUACAGUUUUAUGAAAGCAAGAGGGCAGAUUGGUGUGAAGCAGUGGCUGCAAAGGCUGAAAGAGUUAAAAGCAAAUUCUGGACACAGUGUGUUUAUAUCUUUAGUAUGAACCUAUAUACUAUUCACGUGCCAUAAAAAACAAGGUGAGUGAAUCCACUCACUGUAAACUAACUAACAAAGAGCUAAUGUGUGGUAGUCAUCAUUUGUUUCCUGUUUGAUCAGAACUGAUGAGACGUUGUACUUGGAUUUGGCCACAGAGGGCAUUUAUCAAAGUCAAAUAAGUCAUUUUUUCUUUAUAAUAUUUAUAUAUAUAUAUAUAUAUAUGAGGGUGUUUUUUUAUUUAUUUUUUGGUUGUUGCUGGUUCACCAUUUGAGUCUUUAGCUGCCUUUGUCAGAUGUACGAGUUUAGUGAGCCAUUAGAUUGUGUGUGUGUGUGUGUGUGUGUGUGAGAGAGAGAGAGAGAGAGAGAGAGAGAGAGAGAGAAAGAGAGAGAGAAAGAGUGCCACAAAUGUUAAAUAACUAAAUUAUUUCUCUUCCAAAGCAAUCAAUGAAUGACACCCUCUCAUCUCUCUCCAACUCAGUCUUAUGAAAGUUAUUUAUGCGUUUCCACCUGAGCAGUCCUCUUUUCCUGAUCACAAACAAUACGUUAAUGAUUGUCACUGUCUUUGUGAAGUACAAAGAGGAGAGUUGGAAUCACACCCAUUUAAUCGCUAUCAACAAAAGGUUCAGGACAAGUAACAGUAUUUUUUUCAGUGAUGUUCAGAUGUGAGUCAGUGAAGAAACUAUGUACAUGUGUAAAACAUUUGCAACAAUUUCAACUGAAGGCAAAUAUGUUAUUUUUUCGUUCAAUAUUGUUCUUGAUGAUUAUGAUAUCCUCUUGUCGCAGUCCUAUAUUUGAUGGUGACGGCCUCUCAACUGAAGGCUAUUGUAUGUUAAAAACAACAAAUGUUUCAUGAUACAUGGUUGUGUAUCAUAUUGUGAUUGUGUUGUACAUGUCAAUGGGUAGCCACAUGACACGGGCAAACAGAAUUAACUGAGGAGGAUAUUUUGUACCAGUGUAUUUGUCUGUAUUGAAUUGAUCUGAAAAACCAAACAGAGGAUUAUUGAUAUCCAUCUCGCACACAUCGGGCCUUUAUGCACAUGAGCAUUAACACGUAUGACGCAUUGCGCCUUGAUCAUGUUGACGUCACUCCCACAUUAAAUAUGCAUAGCAACACAUACGGUAAAAUCCUAAAAAAUACCAGAAAGGUGAAUCUAGUCAUUCUGCCUGCUUCUUGUCAGGCUGCUGAGGCAUUCCUUAUGCUUAAAUGGCCUUCCAACCCAUUUGUUUUCCCCAAACUCAAGUCAACUGAAAUCCUAAAGCAGUGCCACGUGGAUUUCAGGAAUUACACAUGGUUUGAUUCAAUGAGGUGUCUUAAACAUUAAAAAAAUACAUUUCUCUCCUAAUCUCUGUACCGUCAAUGAGAUUUGUGUACAGUGCAGUUCAUUCAAUGGCAGAGAAAACACACAAAAAAACAUAAACAAAAUAAAAUAAUAAUAAUAAUAAAAAAAAAAAAAGUCUGACUUCUACUGACAGGGUGUUUUGUUAGUAUGUUUUUGGUUUGUAUGUUUUUGGUUUUUAUAUUACUGUACAGUUCAAUCUUGGGAGAAAGGUAAAACAAAAAACGAUAAAAGAUUAAGACAUUCUUGGGAUAUUUUUCUCUGUAUAUGUUGUACCUGUUACUGCUGGUACUGUAUCUGGUAUUCUGGCUCUGUCUAAAUCACUGGAACUGUGUAGUUCUUCACACUGUAGUAUCCUGAAAAAAAGCAUUUCUCUGGUUUUCUCAAUGAUGGCAGCAAAGUUUGUCUUAUUUAAAGGAUUCUACCACUUUUUGUUCUUAUUGAUAUUAUACUAGUGUAAUAGAAAUUACUUGACAAAAAAGAACUGAAAAUAUGUUGAUGCAAAAGCAAACUGAAAUAAACAUUGAUUGAUGUA